AUUCAUUCUUUAGAGAGAACGCAGGGAAAGAAAAGAGAAAUUUGAUCUCCACGAUUGGGUCUAUAUUCAUUCAUUCAUUGUUUGAUUCGUUGGAUUAUAGGAAAUAUCAUAUCAAUACACGUGCGUGCAAUCCAAACUCCUUUAGUAUUCUUUCCAGUUCGUUCAAAGAUUGGAUCGUCUUAGAGUCAGAGUGGAUUAUUGCUUUUAGGCCCCGCCAUGGAUAUAAGCCGAAACAUGAUGGAUGGCAAUGAAACGCCUGCCGUCCGGGAGUGCAUCCGCCCGGCACCGUUCGGCGCCACCGACACCAACCUCGUGUUUCAAGCCCACUGCUACAUCCUCGGAACGGUCUUCAACUUCUUGGCCGUCACCGCUGCUUUCUUUCUCUACCGUCUUGUCAGAAUUAAAGCCCGCCCUCUAGUUCUCUCCGUCAACAUCCUCCUCGUCAUCAUGGCCACGCUACGCUACAUCUACCUAACCCUUGACCCGUACGACAUCAGAAUGAAGUUGCCGAUGUGGUUUAUGCAAAUACUCGAAGACCUCGCUCUCCCUUGCCUGACGUCAGCGUUCGCCUUGAUCCAAUACGCGCUUUUCCAGCUCUGCAAAAUCCAGCGUCCGAAUAAGAGCAUGCAGAGCCCGCGAGUCCUCUGGGGCAUCGUCGCGUUCCACUUCGCCUUCGUCAUCGUUAUCGACAUCCUGAUCAUCACCAAGGUGGCAGGCUGCUGGCUCGUCAUGCUCUGUCAGAUCUUCACUAUCGUAUGGGGACUCGUGUUGUGUCUCACAAUCUCGAUGCUCGCGUUUAAACUAGUCAGUCGGGACAAAAGAGUCAAGCGGACACUGCGCGGCGACCACGAACCCAGGCUCGAAAGCGGCAACGUACCAUCGCCAACUCCGAACGCGAUGCAAGUCGAAGACCCUGCCGACAAGAAGAAAUUCAAAGACCACUUGAAAAAGCUCAAGAGAAUUUGUUUCUCUGCGAGUGUGACUGGGUUCACAUGUUUCAUUGCUUCUUCGAUUGGCCUGUUCUUGAUAAUAAGCCCUGCUGUCAACUACGAAGUCGGCAAAGUAGGUUGGCUCUGCUAUCAAACUACGCAGAGGUUGGUGGAGAUCGCAUUCGGGUUCAUCCUCCUAUACAUUUCAUGGCAACGAUCAGAUGGGCCUUCAACAUGAUAUCAGAAACAUCUAGCUCGUCAUAUGCUCGUAGUCAACAUCGUGAGCCACUAAGAGCAAUUGUCAAUUUGUUCGCAGUCCGUAUCGUAGAGUUCUACGUAGAGCAAAUUAGUAACAUCAAUCAUGUCUUUGAUAUGGAUCGACUGGAGAUCUAUAAACGCUUUUUAUAGCAGGAAGUGGAUAGAUUUGCACUGAAAAACUCUUUUACUUCGUCGAUAUACUCAUCGUCAACAUCGUGAUCCACUAAUAGCAACUGACCAAUAUGCUCGUAGUCCAAAUGGUAAACCAUUGUUACACAUGUUCUUGAAGCAAACUUCCAUCAUGGUCUUGGUAUGAAUAGACCAAAUACCUGUGGACGCCUGCAUGUUUGAUAACAAUGCAUGAGUUGAUAGAUUUGCAAAACUCCUCUAUAUCGUCAAAUAUGUUCGUAGUCUACAUCGCAAGCUUCGAAGAGCGAACCACCGCUUGGAAACUGAUGUCACGACCAUGGCGUAUGUAGAAACAAUAUCUUAGUCAUAUAGGCGGAUCUAGGGGGGGGGGGCCUAUUGGCGGAGC